GGAACUCGUCCAAUUCACCAUAUACCGUAGCAUUAGUUGUUUGUUGUCUUACUUGUAAAGUUUGUUUAAGAAAUUUCAUGUGUAACCUUUCAAUAUCCGGGGCUUUAUGAAAGCCCCAAACUUCACAUCCAUAAUUUACAAUUGAAGCUAUCAUCGAAUUAAAUAACUUAACUGUCUCAGAUACAUCGAAAGAAACAACAUCAAACAAUGAGUUAAGAGAAAAUAAAGCUUUCAUUGCCUGUUGAGAUAAGGAUUUCUGAGCCUGAUAAUAACAACCAUUAGAAGACAAAGUAACUCCAAGAUAUGUAAAAUUUGUUACAAAAUUCAGUGUAUGGUUAUUAUAAAAUAUUUCAAUCUUUUCAGGUCUAUUACCUUUUUUAUAUAAAUUUGACAUGAUUUUAGUCACUAAUUUUGACGCGAUGGCAGAAUACUACAAGCAUCUGAACCACCCUUGUAUACAUAAGACCAAACAAUUUGGCAUUUGACAAAUGUGUACAUUAAGACAAUGUAGACGAAACAAUAAAUAAAUAUACACAUUAUACAUUAAAACCAUGACCUUCGUUUUUCCAUUAACUUCCUAUAACUAAUAUUUUAUUUCAAUAGAUCAAUCAAGACUUCAUUUUAUUGAGAUGCAGUUCUUAUAUUUUAAAGUAACAGUGACGUUGAACGCAAUCCAAUCAGCAGCAUGUGCAAUAUUGAAUCUUGUUUCAUUUCAUUAUUUCAGUUCUUACUGUAGUCAUGAUGUGUCCGCCCAAAGGCGCCACUAAUAACCAGACUUUCAAUUUUAAAACUCCUGUAAUAACAUCACCAGUCUAACGAUUAGGUUUUUAGAUUUGAAACCUUAUUAACAAUUUCUAUACGUUAUUUCCAUUUGAUAGUUAAUAUAUGACAUCCCUUAAAAAUGUGAUAUUUCAUCGGUGUUAAACUUAUCAGAGAAAGACUUUGUUGAAAAACUGUUAAAAUAUUAUCUUAAAAUUAUAUACUACCUUGGUGUCUAGUAAAUUAGUUGUUUCUAGUUUAUGUCUCGCUAUUAAAUCUCGGAUACGGAAUGGGGUAAAAUAGUAUAUUGCAAGUACGUUUAGGAAAGGUUUCUUGAAAGUUCAAUUCCACAUCAGCCGUACUGAGUAUACUUUGCCUACAAUAUCCUUGGUCUGGAAAAAAUAAAAAUCUAAACACAUAAUGAUUUAUGUUUAAUAUUCAAAUAAUGAUGUAAAUCCAUACAAGCAUUGUCUUUUCGCUACUGUUCGGAUAAAUUAUUGCUCAAAAGAGAAUGAUAUGUUUUUAUUUUCACCAACCAACAAAAUAACACAGUGGUCGGAUCAACACAUAAAAGAUUUGUCCGGAUUUCAAGGUUUUGUAUAUAUUUGUAUCAAAUCAUGAAAAGUUGAUCCUGCAGUAUAAUGUAUUGCAGUACAAAUAACUAUAAAAAGAAAAACAAUCAAGAAAUAUCUAGAAAAGUGCUUCGAAACGUUUAUUUCUGGUCCUAUUUUCCUGAAAUUUUUAAUCGUAAUAGAUAAGAACAUAUUGAAUGUGAAUUCAAAACAAAUACAAAUUUUAGAACAUCAACACUAUUUAUUUAUCACUUUGUAAACAAAAUUAAUCAAUACAAUUCGCGUUCACAUGUCGUUAAAUUUUUCUCACAAUAAAAGACAUUUUCCACACAUUCCCGCGAUUAUAAAUAUCAAUGUGGUAAAAAGGAACACUGAACUGUGACGCGCCGAUCAAUAUCAAGGAUUUCUUUUACUUUCAAAACGUGAAUUUACUGCAUCGUCUUCCGGUGUCUGAUCGGCGAAACGUUAAUGCCACCCUCCUGAUUACUUUUACAUUUCUCGUAACGCCGAUGAAAUGUUGUUUUAUUUGGAGAAUCGUCCUUUUGGCCUUGUAGUGAAACAUCACUUUAAAAGUGACGACCAAAGCAAUUAUGCCUGUUUAACAUUCUAAUGACGUCCUAUUUUAUGAUUUAACGUUAUAGUUGUAACGCUAGCAAUUAAUGUAAACUUUAAUUUGCCUUAGGAGUAAGCAGCUUGGGCAAAAAGUAAGGGAAAUGCAAUGUAUUAACGAAUGCAAGAUAGAAAAUGAGACAGAAUUGAACCGGAUUUCGUCACAUGACGUUGCCGUUGGAACUAGCAUUCACUUAAUAAUUCUUCGAAGAAAAACAUAUUCUGGAAUAUCAAUUAAAAAUUUCCAAUUUACAUAGAUAACAGUUUCAUCGAAUUUUGGCGAUGUGCGAAAAAUAUUAGAGCACAUUUACAGCAAGCUGUUUUAUGGAAAUCCACUGACAACAACUUACAUUCACAGUGAGGAUAGAAAUGGAGCUCAAAGCAAUUAUUGUUAUAUUCAUAUUGACAAUAACCUUUCAAAUAAUAUUAGCGUCGGCUCCAACCUAUUGGAGCUAUGGUGUCAAUGACGGGCCGGGAAAAUGGCCGGAACUGUUUCCUGACAUGUGCGCAGGAAAGUAUCAAUCUCCAAUUGACAUUCGGCCUAUCGACACGGUGUAUAACCGACAGUUAACAAAUUUCGUCUUCUACCACCCACAACGAGAGACAGCAAAAUUUAUAGCGAAAAAUAAUGGACAUUCAAUUCAAGUUAAUACCGACGGCCAGUUUUUUCUCGCAUAUGGUGGUCUUCAAUACACAUACAGAAUUAGCCAGUUUCAUUUCCAUUGGGGAAGUUCCAGAGAAAAAGGAUCAGAACAUACAAUUUAUAAGGCAGCUGACCCGAUGGAGAUGCACAUUGUAAGCUGGAACGAAGAAAAGUACCGUAGUAUGGCAGAGGCAGCUAUGCAACCAGAUGGGCUAGCAGUUUUAGGAAUACUUUUCAGGGUUUCAGAUUAUGAUAACCCACUACUAGAACCACUUGUACUGGUCAUUCCAUACAUUAGGGACCCGGAAUGGAACAACAGUGUAGAAAUCCCCGUAGUUCCAAUGAAUGAAUUCUUGCCAAACUGUCCAGAAAAAUACUACAGAUACCAUGGAUCAUUGACCACACCACGAUGUUACGAGAGUGUUACCUGGACCGUGUUUAAAAGAAGACUAACAAUAUCAAAAAGACAGUUGAACGUUUUCCGCCAGACACUGACAAAAGAAGUAGCAAUACAUCAAUCACCGCGAACCAACAUCAAAACCACUGGUGGAGGACGGGAACCCUUAGUGGAUAACUUCAGACCAGUACAGCCUUUGAAUGGAAGAGUAAUCGAGAGAAGUUACCAGAUUUUACAUGCAGUGUAAAUCGACACGCGGAUUUUUUUUUUAAAUAUUUACUACAGAAUUUCUGUCUUACAGGAUUUAGACACAGUACCAGUUCAAGAUUUACUAAAUAGAGUUUGAAGCAUUUGA